CUAUACUCCAUAUCAUUGUACGAUCUGUUUAAAUAGUGAAAUCUCUAACUGAGGGUAAACUUCGAGGUUCGAGAAGGGGGGAUUUAAGCGACUUUAAACAUUUUUCGCGGGGGUAUUCGUCUCUCCACAUUAUAACUAGUUACUCAGUAGUUACCCGCUCCAAAUAUUGCUUGUGAAGGACAUAUAUUUCUCUCAGGUGGGAUAUAUUGCGUCUGUCGACCACCCCAAGUACGGACUGUUCCAAUAACAUCCGGAUUGACACUUAUUCCUCCAAGCAUCUUAAACCAGAAAUAAGCCCAAACUUUUCACAAUGGCACAAUCCCUCCAUUUCGUUACCCUUGAUGUGUUCACCAGAACCCCCUUCGCUGGUAACCCCCUGGCUGUAGUCUUCCUCUCCGACAGCGUUCCCAUAACUCAAACUCAAAAACAAGCAAUUGCCCGCGAGUUUAACUUCAGCGAAACCAUCUUCGUUCAUCCCUCGAAGGGUCCCGAACAGCCCCGCACCAUAGAUAUCUUCACCACGCUAGCAGAGAUUCCAUUUGCUGGCCACCCGACCAUCGGCGCAACAUCAUGGCUGCUGCAGCACGCCAAGUCAAGUAAUAGUAAUGAGGCUCCUCCAUCAACUAUUACCACCAAGGCCGGAGAUAUCCACGUCUCCAUAUCCACGGAGGACCCCACUAUGGUCUCUGCGUUCAUUCCGCACAACGUGCAUAUCCACUCGAGAAGAUUUGCUCUGGCGGAUCUGCUUAAACUGCAUCCAUCUAUGGAACCAUAUCUCGGCAGUGCGCACGCAGACGGGUUCCCUAUCGUCUCGGUUGUUAAGGGUAUGACAGCUGCACAUGUCCAGUUACCCAAUUUGGAAGCAUUGGCUACAGCAACGGUAGCCAGCGGAAAUUGUAGCUUCCCUGCGAUAAGCACGGAGGCGGGAGGUUAUUUUGACCCUGGCUGGGACGCGGGAAUACCCCUUCAUGUAUAUUUCUUUGUGAAAGACGUAUGGGAUGAGGUGCGGAAGACAAAUGUGAUUCGCAGCCGCAUGUUUUUUGACACUACUGAGGAUCCGGCGACUGGGAGCGCUGCGAGUGGGCUUGUCUCCUACUUGGUGCUUACGGGGCAGGGAGGCGGGACCGGGAGUGGAAACGAAAAGGAGACGUUGUUCCAUGUUGUUCAGGGGGUGGAGAUGGGGAGGAGGAGUGAUAUUGGACUGAAGGCUGUGUUAAAGGAUGGGGGUAAAGAGGUCGAUAAAAUCCAAUUGAGUGGUAGCGCCGUGAAGGUGUCUGAGGGAGAUAUCGUCGUCGGAGCGGAAUAGGGGUUGGAGUUCCACACAUCCCUAUAUCUUGGGUGCCAUUUUAGGUUAGGACUGUUUGUCACUCUGGCUCUUUUAUUGAAGAGCACAGCACAGUGAAUAGUGCUCUUUUUUUGUCUGUAUUAUGUGGUGUAAGGAUGCCAACUACGGUGGAAGUCAGACGAAGCCAAACAUACUUCCUAAAGCAGUAAUAUGGGACGUCUACCAGAGGAACAUGACUUCUAUCAUUUUCACGUCCACAACAACACUUAACACUUUGUUUUUCUUUCAAUUCCACAUUUCUGUGUUUAAUGUUUAUAUUUGAACUAACAAUAUCAUAUCUCUUUCUCUGGAGUUUAUAGUCCUAUUAUUCUCCCUAAAGUCUUACGACCUGUCUAAAGAUCCCGAUGAUAGCAAACC